GGAUGUUACUUCUGACCUUCUCAACUAAGAUACGGGGAUAACCAGGAUCCAGUGAUGAAAAGUAUGCUUUUUUUUUUUUAAUCUGGUUGAAUGUUAUAUAUUUAUCGACUGUGAAAAAUCAACCAGUGAGAGCUCCAAAAUAGGUCUGGGGGAAGGCCAUAUGAGGCUAAGGGAUUCUGCAACACCAAGUGGCAGGACAGGAUCUGAAAAGCUUCAGAGAAUUUCCUCUCAGUCUCAACACUUACAACUCACUUUUAAUGUCCUAGCUUCUUUUUUUCCUUUUUUAAGUUUGCCUUUUUUGUUGUUUGUUUAUUUAGCUUCCUAGAAGACAGCGGUCUCUCCCUCUAUUAAUUUCCACUCCAACACAACAUAAUACAUUUUUUUUUUAAUGAGUGGGGCUUCCCAUAGAAUAAAUUCAAAUUUGAGAUGUUUUAACACAGCCUGGAAAGAGGGCUUAAUUCCACUUGCAAGGCAAAGCCACAAAGUGAAUUUCAGAUAAAAGUCUAGUUGAGAAAUUAUUAUUUUUAUUAUUUUUUUCACCAAGGAUGUAUUGUUUUGUAAUAAAUAUGGGCAGUUCCUGGCAGAAUCCUUAUCUUUCUUUAGCUACCAAAUUUGAAAAUUGUCAAAGAAAAAGCAAAAGACUUUCUUCAAACCAACAUCUUCUUCAUUUCAUACAUUCAGGCCACAGGCUCCUGCCAUACAACCUAGUAGCGUAUUGUUUGACCAGUGACUGUCCUCUUUUUCUUCCCAAACAGGCUUAAAGUCAGAAAAUGAGAUACAAGGCUUCCUUGGUGCUGAGGAAACGAUUACGGCUUUACCGAAACACUCUGAAGGACUCAAGUAGCAGCUCCGGACACCAUGGCCCCCAGCUCGCCGCCACAGCCAGUCCCUCGGUGUUCCCGGGUCUCCACGAGCAGCCUCCCCCGGCCUCCCCCAGCAGUCCUUUGAAUGGACUCCUACAUCUGGGGCUCCCUGGAGACAUGUACGCGCGGCCCGAACCCUUCGCGCCGGGGCCCGCAGCCCGCAGCGACGCCCUCGUAGCUGCCGCCGCCCUGCAUGGCUAUGGGGGCAUGAACCUGACCGUGAAGCUCGCGGCGCCCCACGGCCCUGGCGCCUUCUUCCGCUACAUGCGCCAGCCCAUCAAACAGGAGCUCAUCUGCCAGUGGCUGGCGGCCGACGGCCCCGCGCCCCCGCGUCUCUGCUCCAAAACUUUCAGCACCAUGCAGGAGCUGGUCACACACGUCACCGUGGAGCACGUCGGCGGCCCGGAGCAGGCCAACCACAUCUGCUUCUGGGAGGAGUGUCCGCGCCAGGGCAAGCCCUUCAAAGCCAAAUACAAACUUGUAAAUCACAUCCGCGUGCACACGGGCGAGAAACCCUUCCCUUGUCCUUUCCCGGGGUGUGGGAAGGUCUUUGCUAGAUCAGAAAAUCUCAAAAUACACAAACGAACCCACACAGGGGAGAAGCCCUUCAGAUGUGAGUUCGAGGGCUGCGAGCGGCGCUUCGCCAACAGCAGCGACCGCAAGAAGCACUCGCACGUGCACACGAGCGACAAGCCAUAUACGUGCAAGGUGCGCGGCUGCGACAAGUGCUAUACGCACCCCAGCUCGCUCCGCAAGCACAUGAAGGUGCACGGGCGCUCGCCGCCGCCACCCAGCUCUGGCUACGACUCGGCCACGCCGUCUGCCCUCGUGUCGCCCUCGUCGGACUGCGGCCGUGAGCCCCCGGUGGCCUCCUCAGUGGCGGUGGCGGCUCGUGGCGCUGACCUGAGCGAAUGGUAUGUGUGUCAGGGCGCCGGCCCCGCCGCCGCCACCCUCGCCGCUUCCCCCAGUCCCGCGCCACCACCUGGCCCUGCGACUGCUGCCACCUCCGGCCUUUGGGCUGCUGCUGUCGUUACUGCUCCGGCGUACACCGAUUCCAAGUCUAGGCCGGCUAUCCUUGAAACGAAAAUACACAAAGUCCCCAUCCCAAAUAUUGUCUUGACGGACUUCUGCAAAAGAGAUAAGUCUCGAGGGGUGCAGCCCUCUCCCCCGCGGCCACGAGUUCCCCUUCCCGGUAGACGGACCCGGCCACACACACCGUUAGACCAUUCUACCUCCUGCCCUGUAGCCUCCCAACUUCCGCUAGAUGUCCACCGCGUUGCUCGCAAGGUAAUCUCGCCCGGCGCAGCUGAGCGCCCGCAUCUCUCGCCUGCGACAUCAAAGGGCCCGCUCACAAAGCGGUGUUUCUUCGCCACGGUGCAUCUUCAUGACCUGCCUCGCCGGCGUUUAGGGGUUCACUCUGAGCCCCGAUGUGGGGAGCUUUGGCGCCAGGGAAGCUUUCAGGAAAGGGAGGAGCCGGACUCCGCGCACCUUGACUGCGCCCCAAAGAGGCUCCGGGGUCAGGAGUAA